AUGGAUACUCAUAUCCAACACUUGAAGGCUGAAUUUGAGGUUCUGAGGAACCAUCAACUUUAUGUGAAGAGAUCUAAGUGUGCAUUUGCUCAGAAGAAGGUUGAUUACUUAGGGCAUACUAUCACAGAUAAGGGUGUUAGCAUGGACUAUUCAAAAAUCAGUAACAUUCUACAGUGGCCUGUACCUCAGUCAGUAAAGGAGUUGAAGGGUUUCUUUGGGCUUACAGGAUACUAUAGGAGAUUUAUCAAACACGAAGGACAACUUCAAAUGGAGCAAUCAAGCUCAAGAUUCAUUGAACACUUAAAGAGAUUGAUGUGCUCAGUUUCAGUUCUCCAGUUACUAGAUUUUAAAAAACUUUUUGUUAUGGAGACAGAUGCUAGUGGGUGA